AAAAAAUAUCUGAGAGAAUUAUUUUUGUGCUGUUCCGUAUCGCUAAAAAUAUGCUUCUAACUCUGUACUUCUGUAUGCAAACGUGAGCAGAACAUACAAAAGCUACUACAUUUUCUUCUGAACAUAAAACAGGCGCUUAUGCGAAUUUUUAAUCUUAUAUCAUAUAAAAUUAUAUAUGCGAUUUUACCUUAAAUGCUCACCAAAACAUAAAUGAUUUUUAGAACGGUACUAUUAAUAGAACGCUUCUAAGAAACAUUGAAGAGAAAAAAAAGAGAAUAACAGUCAAAUGAAGUGCUCUCUGUGUUACCAAAUGAAAACGAAGAAUAAUAAGAAUUUGAGGAUGUUUACAGAAUAUUUUCACCGCUUUUGAUAAAACAAUUUGAAACUUUAACUUUAAAAUCCCAACAAGGCAGCAAUAAUCAAUGUAAAGUUAAAGGCAGAAUGAAGUCAACGCAGCCCAAAGCAAUCAAACGAGGUGAACGUAUACUAACCGAAAAGCCUUUCGCCUAUGUCUUAAAAUCAAAAUAUCGGAAGGAACGAUGUGACAACUGCUUGAAUCAAAACAAAGUAAUGAAAUGUUCGAAUUGUAAUUAUGUAUAUUAUUGUAAUCGAGCUUGUCAAAUGCAGGCCUGGCCGUUGCAUAAAAUCGAAUGUCCAAUGUUAAAACGUAUUUUUCCUCGUAUUGUUCCGGACGCCGCCCGCAUGCUAUGCCGUUUGAUAAUUAGACUUGACAACGGCGGUGAUUUAAUCAGAGGCUAUUGCACGCCAACUUGCUAUCGGAAAUUUAGAGAUUUAAUGUCUCAUUAUCAAGAAAUUAAGCAUGAUCCCAAGCGUGUAGAGCAUUUGGAAUCAUUAUACGUUAUAUUAAAUGAAAUGAUGCAAAAUGAUACAGUUUUACCAAAUCCAGCGGAAUUGCUAGGCAUACAUGGUCGGUUGAUAACAAAUGGUUUUAAUAUACUUGACGCUGAAAUGAAUUCCAUAGCUACUGCCAUAUAUUUAGGUGUCUCGAUAACAGAUCACAGUUGCAAACCUAAUGCAGUGGCUACUUUUGAGGGCACUACUCUACACAUUCACGCCAUCGAAGAUAUGGAAUGUUUGGAUUGGUCCAAGAUUUUCAUUAGUUACAUAGAUCUACUGAACACGCCAGCACAGCGGCGCAGUGAUUUAAAGGAAAAUUAUUAUUUUUGGUGUGUAUGCAGUAAAUGCAUUGAUCCUCAGGAAACUGUGGAAAUGCAAGCAGCAAAGUGCCCCAAUGCGAAAUGCUCAGCGCCUCUCGACAUCACAUUAAACAAUUGCUUGUAUUGCGAUGCUGGCGUAAGUCCACGGUACCGUAACGCCUAUCAAGAAGCUAUAAAUUUAACAAAAAAUCAUUUGGAAAACAUGAAAGAUGUAGCAUAUUUAGAUGUUUGUAAAAUUUGUCUAAAGAAACACAAAGAAUUUGUACAUUCUCUUAAUGUUUGGCAUGUCAAGAUAUUGGAUGCUGCUUUCGAAGCCGCCAUUGCAGUGAACAAGUGGGGUGAAGCCUUAGAAUUCGGCAAGCAACUUUUACCUGGUUUUCGAAAAUAUUACGGCGAUUGGAAUCCUUUAUUAGGUCUGCUGUACAUGAAAUUGGCGAAAAUACAAUUGUAUGAAAAUUUUCUCAAAGAAGCCAUUUACAAUUUUCAGGAAGCAAAAAAAAUUUUAGACGUUACGCACGGUCCCGACCAUUCAUUAUUACAAACACAAUUACAGCCACUAUUAUUGCAAGCUAUAGCUGACAAUUCUGCUUAAUUUCACCAAAAUUGUGUUAAUGUAAAUAAAUAAAAUCUCUUUGAGAAGUGAUAAUUGAGUUGUGGAGGAAGGACGUAAUAGUCCGCGAAUAUUUCCUAAUUAAAACUAAGAUCAGGUUUGUUGCAGACAUCGGGUGAAAUGGUGCCCAAUGAAAAUUAUAUUAUAAGCAAGAAACGAAUAUUUCAGUUUGGUCCUUAUUUGAUACGAACGAGCGAACGAUUAAUAACGCUUCCAGAAGGAGACAUGGACAGACGUAAUGGAAAUAAGGUCUACGGAGUAACGUUUUAUAUUUGGUAAAAGAAUUUAAAAAAAGCUAACGAAACCU